GUGAAGAUUGACGCUGAAAACAAUCCAAAAUGUUUUCUAUAAUUAUUGCUCUGGCCCUCAAUCUAAUGCUCCUUGCAAGAUCUGAGCUAGCGGAAAGAGAGUUUGUCAAGCCCAGAAUUUAUGGAGGCCAAGAAAAAACCAUCGAACAGGCCGGCGGCUAUGCCGUUCAGAUCUACCUGGGCCAUAGGUUGGUGUGCGGCGGCGGCCUACUCAGCGCCCGUUAUAUUCUCAGUUCGGCACACUGUUUCGAGCAAGCGGCUUAUAAAAAAUAUCACGUAAUCGCCGGCCAGACAAUGCCAAGAAAUUAUUUCGCAACAGAGAGCAUGAAAAAUUUAGUGCUUAAGUUGAAGAUACAUCCGGACUAUCAGAAACCCAAGUUCGUUGCGGACAUUGCCGUCGUGGCGGUAAGUGCGCCCCUUCGAGGACCGAAUGUGCACUACUUGCCCCUCUGCUCGGUGAAGCCAUCAGCAGGCAAUGUGGCCACAGUGUCUGGCUGGGGCAACAGCGAAUAUUCCCUGCAGGACAAUCCGCUGCGUGUUAUGGAGGUGCCCGUCAUCUCUGACAGCGAAUGCAACCAGAAGAUGGAACGCCAGAUGCCAGACAAUGUGCUCUGCGCCGGCGGCUACAACAGGCGUACAAUCUGCAACGGCGACUCCGGCGGGCCACUGGUGAUCAGGGGCGAGCUGUGUGGCAUCAGCACAUGGACAUGGGAGUGCGGCAACAACGAGAUGCCCGAUGUCUAUAUGAGCGCCUACUUUUAUCGGGACUUCAUAGAAAAGACCAUGGCGAAAAUGAGCAAUUGACACAAAAGCUAAAUGGAAAACGGAACACUUGUUGACCUUAAUUAUUUUAUAAUAAAUGAUUUCUUUAAAGUUUCAUUUAAA